UGCGAGCGUAUAGUUAGCAUCUUCUCAUUCACUCCCUCUGGCGCCACACGGCCAUGUGCGGCUCUCAUCAUUCUCCUAAUACGCUUUCUUUUCUCUUACACUUCCCCCAAAUGUAUAAUAUAGUCUCCGCUUUUUCGUAUAGAACGCUUAUUUUUUCAGCACCCCCUAGAAUUCCAUUGCUGGAAGCAGGUAUUUUAUUGUAUUGUUUCUAAUGUUUGGAAUGAUGUGAAUGGGCUGCAGCUGGUGUUACCAAACAUCUUUCGUCAAUCACUUUUAUUCAAAUUCGGGUUCUAAGACACAAUUGCCAUAAGACGCUCUUGUGUCUAGUCGCGCGAUAUAGUUUCAUAAAUCCGCCUCGCCUCGAGUCUACAACUUGCUUGGAUUGUGCGUGUUUAUGUUAGUUGUUUUCAUUGUCUGAACUGUCAAAUCAAGAACUGCACCGCUGUACAGCUCGCGCGCAUCACCGCUGCUCCGUGGAGACAUGAGCCGCGCGCACCGAGCUCACUCACUGUGAAUUAAACCGAACUACAGAAGAGCAAGUCUACAGCGACUGUUGGAGUCUACUGGAAUCCACACCCCGUCUUCAGGUUUAUUGAUCGUCAUCUCUGUGACUGGUAGACACAGUUACCGCUACGCUGCCACCAUGCUUCAUUUGCGCCUUCCGUCGACCCCUUUCUACUUCACUCCUUGCCUUUCCUCUCUCCUCCUCCUGAUCUUCCUCUUGGGCCUCGCCCAUCUGUCUCAGGCCGGUGGCGAUGUGUCCCACAGCAGCCCGGGGAACUGUUCAGGAGAGGACAGCUGCUCUGAUGGUGUCGUCCUGCCGGUAUGGAACCCCCAGAACCCCUCUGUGGGCGACAAGGUGGCACGUGCCAUCGUCUACUUUGUGGCCCUCGUCUACAUGUUCUUGGGCAUGUCCAUCAUCGCCGACCGGUUCAUGUCAUCCAUCGAGGUGAUUACGUCUCAAGAGAAGGAGAUAACGAUCAAGAAACCCAAUGGCGAGACCACCACUGCUACCGUACGCAUCUGGAAUGAGACCGUGUCUAACUUGACCCUCAUGGCUUUGGGAUCGUCAGCCCCUGAGAUCCUGUUAUCCGUGAUUGAGGUAUGCGGGCACAAGUUUGAGGCUGGUCACCUGGGCCCAAGCACAAUUGUGGGUAGUGCUGCAUUCAACAUGUUCAUCAUCAUCGCCAUCUGUGUUUACGUGGUCCCAGAUGGUGAGGUACGCAAAAUCAAGCACUUGAGGGUCUUCUUUGUGACGGCAGCCUGGAGCAUAUUCGCCUACAUUUGGCUCUACUUGAUCCUCUCUGUCUUCUCUCCCGGCGUGGUGGAAGUCUGGGAGGCCGUGCUUACUUUCCUCUUCUUUCCACUCUGUGUGGUUCAAGCCUGGAUCGCUGACCGUCGCUUGCUCUUUUACAAAUACGUCCACAAGCGCUACCGUGCUGACAAGAACCGUGGCAUCAUCAUUGAGACGGAGGGUGACGGCAUGUUCACCAAGAUGGAUAUGGAGAUGGACGGCCAAGGUGCCAAUUCCCACCACAAGGAGGCACUUGAUGGGAUGCUGGCCGGUGUGGAGGAAGGAGGUGGUGGAGGAGGUGGAGGGGAAGAAGAGGAGGCCAGGAGGGACAUGGCUCGUACUCUGAAGGAACUCAAGCAAAGACACCCGGAGAAGGACAUGGAGCAGCUAAUCGAGAUGGCAAACUAUCAAGUGCUUGUGCAACAGCAGAAGAGUCGAGCUUUUUAUCGCAUCCAGGCCACCCGCAUGAUGAUCGGAGCAGGGAACAUCCUGAAGAAGCAUGCUGCAGACCAAGCCAGGAAGGUGGUUAGCUGCCAUGAGUCUAAUGCCCAGGAAGAAGACCCUCACACCAUCUACCUGGAGUUUGAGCCUUCCCAUUACCAGUGCUUUGAGAACUGUGGCUCCUUAAAACUCUCAGUGACCCGACAUGGUGGAGACAGUGGCUGCACUGUCAAGGUUGACUAUCGCACAGAGGAUGGCACUGCUAACGCAGGAUCAGACUAUGAAUUCGCCGAGGGCACUCUGGUCUUUAAACCAGGUGAGACGGUGAAGGAGCUGACAGUUGGCGUGAUUGACGAUGACAUAUUUGAGGAAGAUGAGCAUUUCUAUGUAAAUCUCAGCAACCCUCGUGUUGUCCACCGUGCCGAGGUCUCCGUCCUCGACCCUAAUGCGGUGUCUCCAGGCAACAGCAUUAUGGCGUCCAGCCACGUUGCUCCAAAAGCUGCCCUGGGUAACGCGCACACUGCCACAGUGACCAUUUACGAUGACGACCACGCGGGGAUCUUCACGUUCGAGAGCAAUUCCACACGAGUGAGUGAAAGCGUGGGCAUCAUGCAGGUGAAGGUCCACAGAACAUCUGGAGCGAGGGGGAAGGUGGCAGUACCGUACCACACUACCGAAGGAACCUCCAAAGCUGGAGAAGACUAUGAAGAGGUGGCUGGCAAACUGGAGUUCCUCAAUGAUGAGACCAUGAAAAUCCUGGAGGUGAAGAUCAUUGACGAUGAGGAGUACGAGAAGAACAAAACCUUCACCAUCCACCUGGGGGAGCCGGUGCUGCUGGAGAUCGGGCAGAAACACGGAGACUCCAAUGAUAACAAACCGGCGGUGGGAGAAGAGGAAGAGGAGGUGGCCAAGAUGGGGUGCCCGAGUUUGGGAGAGCACACCAAACUGGAGGUGGUGAUAGAGGAAUCGUACGAGUUUAAGAAUACCGUCGACAAGCUCAUAAAGAAGACUAACCUGGCGCUGGUGGUGGGCAGCAGUAGCUGGAGAGAACAGUUUGUUAGCGCUGUCACUGUCAGUGCAGGUGAUGAUGAUGAGGAGGAGAGCGGGGAAGAGCGUUUGCCCUCGUGCUUUGAUUACAUCAUGCACUUCCUGACAGUUUUCUGGAAGGUUCUUUUUGCCUUCGUUCCACCCACAGAGUACUGGAACGGCUGGGCCUGCUUCAUCGUCUCCAUCACACUCAUUGGGGUCCUGACCGCUGUCACUGGAGAUUUGGCCUCUCACUUUGGUUGUACAGUAGGCCUGAAGGACACUGUCACAGCUGUGGUGUUUGUGGCCUUGGGCACAUCAGUGCCUGAUACCUUUGCCAGCAAGGUGGCAGCCAUCCAGGACCAAUACGCCGAUGCAUCCAUUGGAAAUGUGACAGGUAGUAAUGCAGUUAAUGUCUUCCUGGGUAUCGGAGUGGCGUGGACCAUCGCUUCUGUAUACUGGAACAGUCAGGGCAAAAAAUUCCUGGUCCCGCCAGGGUCGCUGGCGUUUUCUGUCACCGUCUUCACCAUCAUGGCACUGGUGUCUGUUCUGACACUACUGUACCGCCGCCGGCCCUCUGUGUCUGGGGGCGAGCUGGGGGGCCCACGAACCACCAAGCUGCUCACCGUGUUCCUCUUCAUCAUCCUGUGGCUCAUCUACAUCAUGCUGGCCUCACUGGAGGCUUACUGCCACGUGCCUGGCUUCUGAGAAAGUUCAUAAGAGAGAUGUACUCUUUACUGUAAAACCUCCCAUCAUUCUUCCUUUCUUCUUUUGUUUAUAUAAGAAGUCUAAAAUAAGUGUUUACAUCUGUUCUUACUGAUUAUUAUCGGUGUUGAAAUUGAACUCGCAUCCUUUCGCUAACACUAGAUGAGUGUCAGUGGUGGAUGAUAGAGGCUCUGUCAUGCACAGCUUCUCUUUAUAGAUGGAUCUCUCUUACAUGGUGUCUGCCACCACCUGGAUAUUCAGACACAGCAACACCCUCCAGAAUACUCUCCAGAGAGCCCCCUCAGCAUUUUUCUUGCUUCAGUGCUGUUUUUUUCAAGGAUGGUCCUUUAUACCAAACUUCGAUAUUCUCUCAGAAAUCCCUCUUCUAUCAUUCUCUCUUCCCUCCAAGUCGCUGUGAAUAGACUCAGAUUCCCACUGCAGAGAUUUGGGCAUGCUUCACACCUUUACCUACCCACAAGACAUGAACACACUCAUUUGUCUUCUCUUGCCUGUUACUGCAGACAUUCGUACACACACAACUAUAAUUUCAGCUCAAGCGAACCUGUGGGGGCUGAGCUUCUCAAACUGACUCCGCCCCCAGUUUGACCUUUACCAAUAACCCUGGCCAAAUUCUACUCAAACAUCUUCAUCACCUCUGAACAUGCCCCCAGUGCUACCUACACCAGAACUUCUUCAACUCUGACCUCACCCUCAAUAAUGAUACAUCAACUUCCUCACUAUUAAUCUCGCUUCAAUGUCUUCACAGACCCUGCCCUAGCACUACUUAUACCACGUUUUUGACCAAUGACCUCAGCCCCAACAUUACAUAAAUACCUUUAUCACCUCUGACCCUGCCCCAUCACUAAUUACACCACACCUUCUUCACUUCUGACUCCACCCAUUACACUACAUAUACAUUACACCUUUUUAAUCUCUGGCCCACCCCAAUAUUACCAGACCUUAUUUACACAUGACUCCAAUUCCCAACACAACAGACUUCUCUUCACUUCUGACCCCAUCCACGACAUUUCCUGUGCCACACCUCCUCCAUCACUGACCCCACCCCUACAUUAUCUAUAGCACACAUAUUCACCUCUGAUCCCACACCAUCACUACCUACACCACCACACCUUCUUCAAUUCUGACUCUGCCCACAACUCUACAUAUGCCACAACUUCUUUAAAUGUGGCUCUGCCCCAAUAUUAUCUAUACCACAGCUUUUUUAUAUAUGAUCCCGCCCUCGACACAUCAUACCACACCCUCUUCUCAUCUACUAUUUGCUGGUGUUGUACAUUUUUUAAAAAUACUCUUGUGAAAUUUUUAUAAUUUAUUUAUUUAUUUUUACCAUGCUAAUGAAAGUGAAUUGUGAAGUCAAUAGAAGGAAUGUAAGAAGGAAAGAAAUAUCUUUUUCAGUCUUUUUUGGUUAAUUUUGUUGAAACUUAUCAAAACCUGAAGAGAUACACAAUUUGCAUGGAACAACAUUAGUAAUAGAAUGGAGACCAAAAUAAAUAGUUUAACAGUGACAGUGACAUAAGAACCAAGGUGUUGGUGUUUAUUCAUGUGAUAUUUAUUGAUAUUUAUUAUUAUGAACUAUGUAUUAUAUGGGGAAAUAUUGUAGGCUGUAUGUGUGUGAGAGCAUGUAUUCAUGUAAUGGGCAAGUGCAACAGAUUUGAUGAAAUGUAUGAGUGUUGUGUGUGCCAAUCUGUCGAACAGUGUUCAAAGUCUUUUUAUCUGUCUAUGAGUGUCUGAAAGUAUGAACUUGUGUAACACUCAAGCACAGUGAAUUUUGUGUCUGUCACUGAAACGCUCAGGAGUUUCAGGCUCUCAUCCCGUGAGUUUCUGGAUCUUCUCCCAACAUCCAUGAAUUCACAAAUGGCUGCAGCUUACAUGUGGUACAUUGGUUGGUCCUAAAACAUGUAGUGAGAAAGCAGACUGUCCUGUCGUACCAAGCCAUGUUCCACAGCUUCACUGUGUCAAGUUUAAGCUCUAUUCACUACUGAAGGCAUAGCGUCAUUGAGUCAUGUGGUUGUGUGUGAACACAACAUGGGUGCCUUGAUAUCAACAGUACAAUGUCUCUUGGCCAUACUGUAGGUCUGUCACUGAGUUUACACUGACAAGAUGGUAAAAAUUGUGAGUUUCGUUCACGCCCAACGUGGAUAUUUUACCCGUGAAAUGUGAGCCCCUCACUUUCGCCACAUUAAUCCAGAGCCGUAUCUAAUUAUCCAAGCGCUUACCUCUCCUGAUAGCAUCGACGCCACCUAAUUUGCGUUAUGUGCAUGAUUAAUGGAUAAUGGAUCAGAUUCUAGUUCAGUUUCAGUUUGCUCUCUUUAAUCAGUGUCCUCUAUCUGCUCCUUAACUAAAAAGACUUGGUUAAUUUCCUGUUAGCCAGGAGUUAAACUAGCUUAGUUAGCCCAACUCUCUAUCCCAUACUUCUCUUAACUCAGUAUGCAGAUAUUAUAUAAUUGUUUACAAGGGUGUUAUGUGUCCCCAUUUCCCCAGCUAUCAGCCAUCUGCUUGGCCCAACCUGGGACACAUGCUAUAGGAAAUGAAAAGUUUUAGCAGUAGGACAUUCUGGUGUUGCUCACUAUUAGGGGCCCCAGCAGACCAGUGCUUCAAACUUUUUAAUGCACUAAAUAAGUCAUUUUUAAGAGCUUUCUGAAAAAUGGUAAGAGGGAACGCAAAGUCCCAUUACCUGAUUUAUAAUGACGCCAAUGGUUAAAUGCACCAUUUUAUGAUGACACCAUUGGCUUAAAAGAGGCUGGGCUGCUACAGCCCUCCAUUUUCUUGAAUGAUAAAAACAUAGAGGUUCAACAAAAGCCACAGUCAGCCAUCUAUGGAAAUGUUGUAAGUGCUCUUCUUACACAAUGUGUGACGCAAAAGUGGGCGAAACAGAUGUACAUACAGUCCGCAUUUAUACCGGCAUAUGUGUAUUUAUACAUUCAAAUGAUACCAGAUUAAAAAAAGCACUGAGUGAUGUAUUUUUAGUGCUUCUUGUUGCUAGGCGACGUCUUAAAAGAGUCGUUGUCUUUCUGUCAUUAUGUUGUCUGGUGUCCGUGCUCAAGGGUGGGUGGAGGAGUAUCUGUUGGAUUGUAAUUACUUUAUAAGGUCACUCUCGUCUCUCUCCUAAUAUCUGUCCACACAGGGUUAAUGAACUUAAAAGUUCCACCCUAAUUCAAGGACAAUCCUUAAUUCAGAAUCUUAAAUUGCCCCCUAGAGUUUUGCAUUAUAUUAAUAUAAGCUUUUGCUUUGUGGAAAGCAGAGCAGUGACUGAUCUCCCUGAGGUAGACAUAUUCAAACAUACCAAUCAUAGUUGCAUCAAACUAAUAGGGUUUUCAAAAAAAAAAAAAAAGACCAACUAUAGAGGAUUAUGUUGUUGAAUCUCCGUGUAAUGCUCAGUAGCCAGUGGAUAACCUUAAAGAAUACCAUAUGAGACCAUAUCAUGCUAGAAGAUCUGUUUCUGUUUAUUUUAGGGAAAGGACCAUCUCUUGUGGACUAAAGCAUUGCGACUGAUUUAUGAUCAAAUAACAGCAGAUGUGCAUAGAAACGCACUUAAAGGGAUAGUUCAUCCAAAAAUGACCAUUCUGUCAUCACUGUGUCGAUUCAACCUGUAUGAUUUUCUUUCUUCUGUGGAACACAAAAUAAGUUUUGUCAGUACACUUAAUGUCAGUGGGAACCACGAUAUCAGUAAACCCCAUUAACUUUAAUUGUAUGGAAAAGGGAGAAAAAAAAGCACUGAGACAUAUUUUUCAUGUUCAUUGUUGGGCGAACUGUGCCUUUAAAUGCAUUUUUACACUUGUUUACUGUUAUUUGAUCUUUAAUCAGUCUCGACUUACCCAAAACACUCUCGCAUAAACAAAAUGACCUUGAAUAUCUGAUAUUCAUAGUCUGUCAUAGCAUGUUAAUUUCUUUCUCGUAUGUCAGAGUGCUUGUGUCAUGUUAGAGUCCCGGUGUCACAUGUGCUCUUUUGUGGUACUUCAAUCUUAAAGCAUGUCUUUUCUAUGUGUGUGCAUUCGUCUUCUAAUAUUGCAUUUCUCUUUAAUCACAAACAUUGAAAUAUUUACAAAAUAAAUUAAUUGUGUUUGGUUUUGUAUGUAUAGCUAUUUGAUAAAUUACUGUUUUAAAAUACUUCUUUUUUUUUUAAGCCAAGUGUUCUUCACUUAGUUAUAUGACACUAUUGUUGUCUUGAGAUAUGUUCUGUACUAAGAUCAAUUUAUAUUUUGGGUAAAAAAAAAAAACGUGCUGCAUAGAGUACUUUAUCAUAAUCUUAACAACAACAACAAAUAAUUUAUGUUCUCAAUGUUGUAUCUAAAAGUAUGUAUGAGGGAGAAAUGUGUGAUAUUAUGUGAACUCAUUAAAGCUGUAAUGUC